AUGGCCUAUAAAUUUUUGAUAACUUUUCUAACUAUUUAUGGUCUAACAGUUAGCUUGAAUACGGCCGCUGUUAUCAAUGUUGUCCGACGGGAAACGGUAGUACCGGUAGAGUCCAAUCAAUUGAGUCGGGCCUACACUAUCAUCGGCCUAUUAAACUCACUGUUAGGUCCGCUAAUUGGCCAAUCAUUGUUACCCGUAUUGGAAAUCUUGAAACCAUUGUUGAGUAUACCAUUGGUUGGCAAUCUAUUGCAACCGAUUGUCCAACUAUUGCAUAGCCUAUUGAAACCAUCGAUCAUACCGUUAUUGGAUCUACUAUUGGGUAACAUAUUGCGUGGACUAUUGACACCCAUACUCGAUGGACUGACACCAGGGUUAAGGGGUAUAUUAACACCGGUAAUAUUUUUGGUUAGGGGACUGUUAUGCGGACUGUUGGGCGGCUGCGAUAGCCUAGUAGACGGCGUUACUACUACUACUACUGAUCCAUCUAUUGAUUACAGUAGUAGUAGUAGUAGUAGUAGUAGUAGUAGUAGUAGUAGUAGUAGURGUAGUAGUAGUUCACCAUCAGGUGAGACAUCAACUAAGACAUGGAGUGAGACAUGGAGUGAGACAUCGGAGGAGACAUCGGAWGAGACAUCGGAGGAGACAUCGGAGGAGACAUCGGAGGAGACAUCGGAGGAGACAUCAGAGGAGACAUCAGAGGAGACAUCAGAGGAGACAUCGGAGGAGACAUCAGAGGAGACAUCGGAUGAGACAUCGGAUGAGACAUCAGAGGAGACAUGGAGUGAGACAUCGGAGGAGACAUCGGAUGAGACAUCAGAGGAGACAUGGAGGAGACWUCAGAGGAGACAUSGRRUGAGACAUCAGAGGAGACAUCGGAGGAGACAUCAGAGGAGACAUCGGAUGAGACAUCAGAGGAGACAUGGAGUGAGACAUCGGAGGAGACAUCGGAUGAGACAUCAGAGGAGACAUGGAGUGAGACUUCAGAGGAGACAUGGAGUGAGACAUCRGAGGAGACAUCAACAGAGGAAACUACUGAAGGAUAAAAAAAGGGGUUUGAGCACUGUUAGCCUAAACAACUGGGUAGACGCUGCUGCUGCCGGUGCUGCCGGUGCUGAACACAACAACAACAACAAUGCUAAUGUUGCCAAACGGUCGAUACCAAACAACCUACAGGUGCCCGAAUCGAUGUCAUCAUUGGGUGAUUUGUUGAAAAAACUGCUAUCAAUACCAAUUUACCUAACCAUGGCCUACAAAAUCAAUACAACUUUAUUAUUAACUAUUUUAGUUUUAAUCGGUUUGAGCACUGUUAGCCUAAACAACUGGGUAGACGCUGCUGCUGCCGGUGCUGCCGGUGCUGAACACAACAACAACAACAAUGCUAAUGUUGCCAAACGGUCGAUACCAAACAACCUACAGGUGCCCGAAUCGAUGUCAUCAUUGGGUGAUUUGUUGAAAAAACUGCUAUCAAUACCAAUUGUAUUACCUAUAGGUCUAUUAUUUUUAUCAAUGUUGGUGCCGUUUGUAGGCAUACUAACUUUCCCUAUACUAAUACUAUUGUUACCGUUUGCAUGGGUUAUUAUGAACUUUCUAAACAAUUUACAAAUUUAA